GUAGCGGUAGCCUGUACAGUAAGAACCCAAUAUGGCAGCGGCGGUAGCAGUGGCAACGGCAGCAGGAGGACCGGCCGCCCCAUAGACCCCCCCGCGCACCACCCCCGCCGCUUCCUCUGCUUGGGUGCCCCUCCGGCCUGACUUCCCCUUUCUCCCACCUUUCCCGGCACCGCGGGAAAAGCAGCGCAGGGCAGAGCAGGCAGGGAGGGCGGCCGGAGCCCGGACACGGGAGCCUCCCAGUCAGUUCAAGACCCGACAUGAGGGAAAAGGGACGUAGGAAGAAGGGCAGGACCUGGGCGGAGGCCGCCAAGACGGUCUUAGAAAAAUACCCCAAUACACCCAUGAGUCAUAAAGAAAUUCUUCAGGUUAUCCAGAGAGAAGGACUAAAAGAAAUCAGAAGUGGAACUUCCCCUCUUGCAUGCCUGAAUGCAAUGCUUCAUACAAACUCCAGAGGUGAAGAGGGCAUCUUCUAUAAGGUUCCAGGUAGAAUGGGAGUAUAUACUUUGAAGAAAGAUGUGCCGGAUGGGGUGAAAGAACUAUCAGAAGGUUCAGAAGAAAGCAGUGAUGGUCAGUCAGAUUCCCAGAGUUCUGAGAACAGCAGCAGCAGCAGUGAUGGUGGCAGCAACAAGGAGGGAAAAAAGAGCAGGUGGAAAAGGAAAGUAUCGUCGUCCUCCCCACAGUCAGGCUGCCCAUCACCCACCAUUCCAGCAGGUAAAGUCAUUUCUUCAUCACAGAAGCACAGCAAGAAGGCCCUAAAGCAGGCACUAAAGCAGCAACAGCAGAAGAAGCAGCAGCAGCAGCAGCAGCAGCAGCAAUGCAGGCCAAGCAUAUCCAUCUCCUCCAACCAGCAUCUCUCUCUAAAGACUGUCAAAGCAGCCAGUGACUCUGUACCUGCCAAACCUGCAAUAUGGGAAGGAAAGCAAUCUGAUGGACCAUCAAGCAGCCCUCAAAACUCAAACUCCAGCUUUUCUUCGUCAGUUAAAGUGGAAAAUCCUUUGUUAGGCUUGGGGAAGAAGUCAUUCCAGAGAUCUGAGAGACUCCAUACGAGACAAAUGAAAAGAACCAAAUGUGCCGACAUCGAUGUUGAGACACCGGACUCCAUUCUGGUUAAUACAAAUCUGCGAGCACUGAUCAACAAGCACACAUUUUCAGUCCUUCCUGGAGACUGCCAACAGCGACUGCUUUUACUGCUCCCAGAGGUAGAUCGACAGGUUGGUCCAGAUGGUUUAAUGAAGUUAAAUGGCUCAGCCCUUAACAAUGAGUUCUUCACUUCAGCAGCCCAAGGCUGGAAGGAAAGACUUUCAGAAGGUGAGUUUACACCUGAGAUGCAGGUGAGAAUUCGGCAAGAGAUUGAGAAGGAGAAAAAAGUGGAGCCAUGGAAAGAACAAUUCUUUGAAAGCUACUAUGGGCAGAGUUCUGGCCUGAGCCUUGAAGAUUCUAAGAAAUUGACAGCUUCUCCCAGCGAUCCCAAAGUAAAGAAAACCCCAGCUGAACAACCAAAAUCCAUGCCUGUAUCAGAGGCCUCUCUUGUCAGGAUAGUUCCAGUAGUCCCCCAGUCAGAGUGUAAAGAAGAAGCAUUGCAUACGUCAUCACCAGGCAGAAAAGAAGAGUGUGAAAGCCAAGAUGAAGUGCAGCCAAACUUCUCCACAUCCACAGAGCCCCUGCUUUCCUCAGCUCUCAAUACACAUGAGCUUAGCAGCGUUCUUCCCAUCAAGUGCCCAAACGAUGAGGAUCUCUUGGAGCAGAAGCCAGUCACCUCUGCUGAACAGGAAUCUGAGAAGAAUCAUCUCACCAUAGCUUCUAAUUAUAACAAAAGUGAAAGCCAAGAGUCUUUGGUUACAUCGCCAAGCAAACCCAUUAGUCCUGGGAUGAAGCCCAUAGCAGAAGCAGGUCCACAGGAGACCACUAUGAAAGAACCUCUAGCAUCUCUUGUUGAUCAGAACCUGGAAAGCCUCAAGAGGAAGUCUUCCCUCACCCAAGAAGAGGUUCUUGUGAGCUGGGAGAAGAGGCCACGUGUCACUGAGAAUCGCCAGCACCAGCAGCCAUUUCAGGUCUCACCACAGCCCUUUCUCAACAGAGGGGACAGGGUCCAGGUGCGAAAAGUACCACCUCUCAAGAUCCCGGUCUCCAGAAUCUCCCCAAUGUCAUUUCAUCCAUCGCAGGUCUCUCCCAGGGCUCGUUUUCCAGUCUCCAUCACUAGUCCUAACAGAACAGGAGCCAGAACUCUUGCAGACAUCAAAGCAAAAGCCCAACUGGUCAAAGCACAGAGGGCAGCAGCUGCAGCUGCCGCCGCAGCUGCUGCAGCCGCCUCAGUUAGAGGGACCAUUCCAGGACCUGGGCCAGGGGGUGGACAAGGUCCAGGAGAGGAUGGUGAAGGGCAGACUGCUAGAGGAGGCAGUCCAGCCUCAGACAGAGUCAGUGAAGCCGGAAAGGGCUCCACACUGGAACUGGCAGGAACUGGAAGCAGGGGAGGUACGAGAGAGCUUUUACCCUGUGGUCCAGAGACUCAGCCCCAGUCUGAGACCAAGACCACCCCAGGCCAGGCACAGCCUCAUAGUGUCUCUGGAGCACAACUACAGCAAACCCCCCCAGUGCCUCCAACACCUGCCGUCAGUGGAGCAUGCACAAGUGUCCCAUCACCAGCCCACAUAGAGAAGUUGGAUAAUGAAAAACUGAACCCCACCAGGGCAACAGCCACAGUGGCCUCUCUCAGCCAUCCACAGGGGCCCAGUAGUUGCAGACGGGAGAAAGCACCUUCUCCUCCAACAGGUCUUGCUCUAAUCUCAGGUGCCUCACCUGUUCAUUUUGCAGCUGACGGCAUAGUUGAGCUCAAAGCAGGUCCCAGUAAGAAUAUACCUAACCUUUCAGCUUCAUCAAAGGCAGACACUAGUGUGCCAGUGGCUGUAACUCCCUCCCCUUUAACAUCUUUGUUGACCACAGCCACUUUAGAAAAGCUUCCUGUACCCCAGGUCAGUGCAACUACAGGACCUGCCGGAUCAGCUCCACCCUCGAGCACUUUGCCAGCAGCCUCUAGCCUUAAAACCCCAGGAACUUCUUUAAACAUGAAUGGACCCACUUUGAGACCAACCUCUAGUAUCCCUGCUAAUAAUCCUUUAGUGACUCAGCUGCUUCAAGGCAAAGAUGUUCCCAUGGAGCAAAUUCUGCCUAAACCUCUCACCAAAGUUGAAAUGAAAACAGUUCCACUGACUAUGAAAGAGGAAAGGGGGAUUGGAGCACUCAUAGGUACCAACACAACAGAAAAUAGCACCAGAGAAGAAGUUAAUGAGAGACAGUCACAUCCAGCUACACAGCAGCAGCAGCAGCUGGGCAAAACUUUGCAAAGUAAGCAGCUCCCCCACGUUCCAAGACCUCUUCAGCUCUUUUCAGCUAAGGAGCUGAGGGACUCUAGCAUUGACACACACCAGUACCAGGAAGGACUAAGUAAAGCAACCCAAGAUCAGAUCCUUCAGACUCUCAUUCAGAGGGUUCGGAGGCAGAAUCUUCUCUCAGUUGUGCCACCCUCGCAGUUCAACUUUGCUCACUCAGGUUUCCAGCUGGAAGACAUCUCCACAAGCCAGAGGUUCAUGCUGGGUUUUGCUGGCAGAAGGACAUCCAAACCUGCAAUGGCAGGGCACUACUUACUGAAUAUUUCUACCUAUGGCCGGGGCUCAGAGAGCUUUAGGAGGACCCAUUCCUUAAACCCUGAAGACCGUUUUUGUCUAAGCAGCCCCACUGAAGCCUUGAAAAUGGGAUAUACGGACUAUAAAAAUGCAGCAGGAGAGAGCAGCAGCAGCAAAGAAGAUGACACUGAGGAGGAAAGUACUGGUGAUGAGCAGGAAUCUGUCAUGGGGAAAGAGGAGCCCCAGGUUUCCCAGAGUACUGGCAGAGGUGAUGCAAGUUCAGCACCCCACAGCAGGGAAACUCUAUCUACCAGUGAUUGCUUAGCUAGCAAGAAUGUGAAGGCUGAGAUACCAGUGAAUGAGCAAACCACUCUAAGUAAGGAGAAUUACCUGUUCACUAGAGGUCAAACAUUUGAUGAAAAGACCCUAGCCAGAGAUUUAAUUCAGGCAGCACAGAAGCAGAUGGUUCAUGCAGUAAGAGGUAAGACAGUGCGUAGCAGCCCGGAGCUUUUCAAUUCUACCGUUCUUCCUCUGCCUGCAGACAGCCCCACCCACCAGCCUCUGCUCCUCCCACCCCUGCAAACCCCGAAGUUGUAUGGAAGCCCCACUCAGAUAGGGCCAAGCUACAGAGGCAUGAUCAAUGUCUCCACCUCAUCUGACAUGGACCAUAACUCUACUAUACCAGGUAGCCAGGUAUCUAGCAAUGUAGGUGAUGUCAUGUCAUUUUCAGUGACUGUCACUACCAUCCCUGCUACCCAAGCUAUGAAUCCCAGCAGCCAUGGCCAGACCAUUCCUGUUCAGGCCUUCCCUGAAGAGAACAGCAUAGAGGGCACGCCUUCGAAAUGUUACUGCCGCUUGAAAGCCAUGAUCAUGUGCAAAGGGUGUGGAGCUUUCUGCCACGAUGAUUGCAUUGGCCCCUCCAAACUGUGCGUCUCCUGCCUUGUCGUUCGGUAAGGAGACUAGAAAGAGACACACUGUAAAGGAGGGGGAAGGGAAGGGUUGACCAGUUUGGUUU